AGCGAAAAUUUCCGCCUGAAACACAGUGCAGUACUGACCCAGAGGGACCGACAAGCUUGAUCCCGUUGUUUCGCAGUACGCUCCAGCUCCGGCCAGAUCUCCCAUUCUGGACCCGUCCCUGUACCAGAUAAGUCCAUCCGUUUUGAUUAGUUUGUUAUUGAGUGACCAUGUUAUAAUCAUAUCAGUAGUAAAGCUAAGCAACAUAAUGGCACCUAACCAAGCAGCACACGAUAAAAAAAAAUGAAAAUUCGAUUUAGUUUCCUCAAUAUAAGAAAAUAACAAGCAAUUUCCAGACACCCGUUUGCCGCAAAAUGAAAGUGUGGUUGCGUGAUUCGCAGUAAUAAGGAAAAAUAAUUACGCAGGGAAUUGUCGAACCAGUUGGACCGGAGCAAAAUUGCAUCAUGAUUCGUGACAAGAACUGCCGGGAAUUACGAUCGCAAUCUCAUUCGACGGAAACAUUUCAAAUCAAAAAUGAAUAUUUGCGAGUAAUUGGAGGAAACACAACUUGCGAUUACAUGAUCCUUACUCAUGUUAGUUUUUUCAGAGAGAAAGGAAGUGACGUUACUAUGUCAUUAAAUUUUACUCUGUUUGAGGAAAUAAAUUUAGAAAACGAUAUAGAGAUUCGAAGUCAAUUUUACAGUUGGAAAUCAAACGAAUAUAGAAAGACUCCUAUAAGCUGGACCAUGAAAGCAUGCAACAUUCUUCGAUCACACAUAUUUAGUGUUGAAACCAUAAUGAAAAAUUCCGAUAUAAGAAGCUGUCCAAUAAAAAAGGGUAAACAUUAUAUGCACAACAUAACAAUGGACGGUGUGAAUUGGCCCAGCACUUUCCCCGAAGGCCGAUGGAAAAACCAUUUAGAGUAUUGGAUAAAAAAUAAGUGUUGCGUUAAGGUGAACUGGAUGUUUCGAAUUGACAAACAUUGAUGAUCGUAUCGGUAACAAAUUAUCCCACAACA